UUAACGCCUCAACAGCAACAGUAUUAUUCGAUGAAUCCCAAUCCAAAUGUUGAUGCUGUAUUUGUCCCUCCUUCCAUUUCUUCCGUUUUAGUCGGAAUAUGUGCCGUUUUCAUUAGACCAUUUGAAGAAGUAGAAUUAACUAUAAUAUCUGUAUUUGAAGAUGAAGAAAUCGAACUUGAGGAAGUGGUAUUUGGAUUUAUUCCGUUCGUGGUGUUUGUAUUUGGCUUU